AUGCCGGCCGCCACCAUGUCGCAGCGUCACGAGGUGCCGGGUGUGGUUUCGUUCGCAAAACUACUUGAAGGUCUCUUAUCUCGCUCCAUGGCAGUAAAAUCCACGCCAACGAUCGAGCCCGCUCUUCACAAAGCGGAUUUUGGCGACCUCGACGAUCAGCUUGCCCGCGUCCUUGCAACAUCGACGACGACAGAACAAGAAGAUGGAGCUACUGCUUCACAAAGAAAGGCGCAACAGUUCGCGGUUAUCGAGACGGCUGUGCGAGAUAUGUUCAGCAAUCUAAUCGCCACAACACCGAUCGAAUCCCCAGAUUUUGUCAACGUCUGGAACCUGUUCGACCUACUCACGAUCUUGUCCGACGAUGAAAAGUGCGACCCUGCCUUGCUGUUCUGGCUGGUAGAAGAGCUUUUGGACAGUCAAACGAUUGCCGGAUGUCGCAAGAUAUUCGACUUCCUUGAGUCGAGGCGAGAAAGGAUCACUGUGAAGCACUUCAAGCAAAAGCAGCUGGUCAUUCUGCGCAGCUGUAAUGAGCUGCUGCGCCGUCUUUCUCGCGCCGAAGAUACCGCCUUUUGCGGCCGAGUUUUUAUUUUCAUGUUCCAGAGCUUCCCCUUGGGCGACAAAAGCUCCGUGAACCUGCGAGGAGAAUACCAUGUUGAGAAUGUUACCGUGUAUGAUGAUCUCAGCACCAGAAAGGAGGAUGCCCCUGAAGACAUGGAGUUGGACAAGUCAAACGGAGUUGCGGAUGCGGAUCCCAAAUCCCAGUCAAAGGCUGUGUCAUUCGAUGCGAAGAAGGCAGCCCAGGCCGAUCAACCACUCGAGCCCGACGUGCUGUAUCCUGUCUUUUGGUCCCUCCAAGAAACAUUCAGUCAGCCCAAGAAGCUGUUCGAAACAGAGAAUUUGGCCGGUUUCAAGCGCGGACUGGAAGCCACCAUGACGGCCUUCCGAGCGAUCCAGAACGAGCAGGGCCAACGACCACCUAAGGCUAUGAGCGAUAUAUCGUUCCGGCGGCACAUUCUCGUCCAAGCCUUGAUUAUCAUGGACUUUCUCCUGUCCUUGUCCAGUAAAGUGAAGGAGAAGCUGGCUGGUAAUGCUCAGAAUAAGUCUGUUAUCUACGUCGGUCAGGUGCUCAGCGACGAAGAUACCAAAUGGGCAACAGAGAUGAAGAAAACAAUCGUCGAGAAAUACCUCAAACACGGUGCUGAUGGGCCUUAUUUCAGUCGAGUGGUCGAGACUGUUCUCGCUCGGGACAAAAACUGGAUCCGAUGGAAGUCUGAAAAUUGCCCCUCUAUCGAGCUACCGCCUGUAUCUCCCGAAGCUUUUAUCGAGGCGAAGACCACCGCUCAACGCACAACGAUGAAGAAGCGUCUGAGAGCCAUGCCCAUGGGCUCUUUAUCUCUCGGAUUCUUGGGAGACGGUGAUGGGGAGGCCGCGAUGCAGAAACUCAAGGCCGAAGAUAGAUAUAGCUUGCCCGAGUUGGAGAGCUUCAAGAGGAAGAUUGCGGACGACGACUUCGAGAUCGAAAUGCCCACGAAUAGUCAAACAAAGGCUGCUGCCGUCGAGAGCAAGGCCAGCAAGAGCUGGCGAGCGCUCAGAAUAGCAAGCAAGACGAGGCUGGCUUUGUUUGACAACAUCGAUGAUCCAGACAAGAUCGAUGCGGUUUUUGAGGAGCCGGUCGAUGCAGAUGAGGAGCCGGUCGUAGAAGAAGCCGUGGACAGCAAGAACGUCCCCGAAGACAGACGUCCCAUCAUUAUCUCAGGGCCAACGGGUGCUGGCAAAGCGACAAUUUUCGGCCUUCUUGCCGAGCGACGGCCUGGGGCGUUUAAGCGAGUUCUCCGACAUACCACCAGGAAACCUAGGGAUGGAGAGGUCGAAGGCCGGGACUUCUAUUUCGUGGAACCGCAAACCUUCAAUAUGCUCAGAGAUGGCGAUGCGUUAUUGGAAUUCACAACCAUCGAUGACGUAGACUACGGUACGAGUCGAAAGAUGACGGAAGCUGUGUCUGAAGGAGGAAAGGUCCCAGUGAUGUAUAUGGACAGCGAGGCUGUUCAGCAAGUUCGGGACCUUGGCUUUUCAGCGCGUUUCGUUCUGGUGCUACCUCCCAGCCAGGAGGUACUAGAGGAGCGCUUGAAGAAAUCCGGGAAGAGCGAAGACGUUGUGCGAGACAUUCUCGCCAAGGCCGUUCCAUACCUGGAAGCAGAGUCGAGCGUGAAGGAGGGCUUCGAUCUAGUUGUGACUAACGAAGAUCGUGAGAUCGCCUUCAAGAGCUUGGAGGCCCAUCUGUAUCAAACUGCAGAUGAAGAGAAGCUCGCAAAUGGACAGACUGACGGCGGCGAGGUGUCGAUGGCUGAGACGGAUGCCGACGCGACGAUGACCGACGCUCCAGCAGAAGCACCGCCCGCUGAAGGGACCCAACAACGCAAGGAAGCCGAGGUGACGGGAACGGGGGAGAAGGGACAAAUCGAUGAGGUCAAGGGGGCGACGUCAUAG